UUAACCUAUCGCCUUAUUGGAACGCCACUCCUGUCUACUUUUCCUGACUCCAGCGGGUGCUGGAAUUGCAGAGACCAAAAUGGCCGCUGAGACGGCUUCCAUCCAUGUGCCUUUAGACGUGCCUUUACCGGCCCUUCCGACAGAAAAGGUCUUUACCGAUGGUCAAUGGAAGACUCUCCUUGCACUGGCCGACACGGCCAUCCCCUCGAUCCGGGAUCGUGCCACCGUCACCCAUCGCAGGCAGAAAGGCGUUCCGAAAGAGAAGCUCGAGUCGGCGAUUGCUACGCUUAAAUCCAGAAUUGGAGGACCGAACGCUGCCGAACUUGCGAAGCAGUACUUGGAGGAAGAUGCUUCAUCGAAUCCCAAUUUUAGAGAUGCCCUACACGUACUGUUUGCUCGGAAUAUCCACAGUCAAGGAAAGAAGGCGCUCCUUACGAUAUUAAGUGCUCUGAAUACUCGUGCUGGAUCCUUGGUCCUCACCGGCUCGCCGACUCCCUUCCAUUUGCUUACAAACGAGGCUCGAGAACAAACCUUUCGCAACUGGGAGACAUCCAUGCUAUCUCCACUGCGCUUCCUGUACAGGAUGCUGACCUCUAUCUUCAAGAAAACCUGGGUAGCGUCAAGCCCGACUCUUUCCCCCGUGCUUGGGUUCCCGCGAGUCCCAGUGAACGGGAAGCCAGCCGAAAGCUUCCCAUACGAAUUCCUCCAGUUCCCUCCUGGUGAUACUCCCCAAACUGUCGAAACAGACGUCGUCAUUAUCGGUAGCGGCUGUGGUGGUGGUGUUGCGGCUAAGAACCUUGCAGAGGCAGGGCACCGCGUGAUCGUCGUGGAUAAGUCUUACCAUUAUUCCACGAAAUAUUUCCCGAUGGGACAGGCAGAAGGCUUCACGCACAUGCUAGAGAAUUCAGGAGCAACCGUAAGUGAUGACGGUUCGAUCGCAGUCAUUGCUGGUUCAACUUGGGGUGGUGGUGGCACUAUCAACUGGUCGGCUAGCCUCCAGACACAAGGGUUUGUUCGUCAAGAAUGGGCAAGUAACGGACUUCCUUUUUUCACGUCGAUGGAAUUCCAGAAAUCGCUGGACCGUGUCUGUGACCGAAUGGGAGUCUGUUCGGAGCGCACGCCACAUAACCGAUCCAACACUACCAUUCUCGAUGGCGCGAGGAAGCUAGGAUACAGUGCGAAAGCGGUACCACAGAACACAGGCAACCAGGAACACUACUGCGGUCACUGUAUGCUCGGAUGUGCAAGCAACGUCAAGCAAGGGCCCGCGGUAUCGUUUCUAGUAGACGCGGCAAACACAGGUGCCACAUUCAUGGAGGGAUUUCGCGCCGACAGAGUUUUGUUUACUGAUGUAGACGGCGAGAAAGUCGCAUCCGGGGUCGAAGGAACAUGGACAUCGAGGGACAGCUAUCUGGGGGUCAACCAAAAGGAUGCUGUUAAGUGCAAGGUUAUCAUCAAAGCCAAGCGUGUAAUAGUCUCCUGUGGAACUCUGAAUAGCCCCCUUCUGCUCCAACGAAGCGGGAUCAAGAAUUCCCACAUUGGUCGACAUCUUUACCUACAUCCAGUUAUCAUGGCAGGGGCCGUCUUUGAGGAGGAUAUCCGUCCGUGGGAAGGGGGUAUCUUGACCACCCUGGUAAACCAAUUUGAAAAUUUGGACGGCCAUGGACACGGAGCUAGGGUCGAGGCGACUUGCAUGCUUCCCGCAACGUUCUUGCCGUUGUUCCCCUGGAGCAAUGGUUUCGAUUAUAAGAUGUGGGCAUCCAAAAUGCGUCAGAUGACGAGCUUCAUUGUUAUUGCUCGAGAGCGCGAUACGGGUCGCGUCUUCCCUGACCCUGUUGAUGGACGCCCUCGGAUUGACUACACUGUUUCUCCCUUCGACUUGAAGCAUAUACAGGAAGGAGUUAUCGCUGCCGCCCAAAUAGCGUAUGCCGCCGGGGCAAAGGAGUAUCAUCUGUCUUACCGCGGCAUGCCGCCUUUCAUCCGCUCAGACGAGCCUAAGGGUCCUGACGUUCCCGACGAGGGCAUCAACAACCCUGCCUUCCAGGAGUGGAUCUCGGAGUUCCGGCGCCAGACCCCUCUCAAUCCUGAGAGGUCUGUAUUCGCGAGUGCCCAUCAGAUGGGCACAUGUCGUAUGGGCAGCUCGCCUAAGAAGAGCGUUGUGGGCCCUGACUGUCAAGUCUGGGGUACAAGGGGUCUCUAUGUGAUUGACGCUUCAGUCUUCCCUAGCGCAAGCGGUGUUAACCCAAUGGUCACCAACAUGGCAAUUGCCGACUGGGCCAGCAGAAAUGUUGCUCGAGGGAUAAGUCGUGAACAGGGAGCGCGACUAUAGAAUGAUUUCCCGCUUCGAUAGGAUCAUCAUGUUCCUGACUGUACAUAUACCUACCCCACACAUCAGUUUACGAUUGUUCCUAUCUGAUAUCCCAGAUUUUAUAUUCGGAAUCCACUGGUAUCUGACUAUAUUUGAUCGUCGCACGAGGAUUAUGCUCCUCGAUGAGUCCGCAACUCGAUCCUGUACUUGU